AUGUCCGCCCGCGCUCUCCUCAGGAUCACUACUACCGCGAGGGUAUCCCGCAGUCCGUCAAUCCUAACCUCGAGCCUGCGAACAUUCACCCAGACGGCCCGGAACCCCCUGAAAGAAAGCUCCAGCACCGACCCCAACCCUGCCGACUUUGAGCACCACAAGCAGGACUCGCUCGCCAAGCAAAAGAAGGGCCAGGGCCACUGGAAGCCCGAGCUGGCGUCGGUCAGCGAGGAGACGGUCAAGGCAGACCGCAUGGGCCCGCACGAGGCGGGCGAGGCGGCCAUGAAGCGCCUGCAGGACCAGACCAAGGGGAGCGCCGAGGAGACGGCCAAGCACGGCACGAGUAUGCGGGAUGGGCUCUGA